AUGGAUGGCCCACGGUGCAAUGGCUAUCGCAAGAAGAGGAGAUCCAAAUCCCAAAGGGAUAGGGAAGUCGGGUCCAAAGGAGGAUUAGGGCUUUCCAGGACCGGCUCUUUGCUUUCUUCCUCUGGAUCUGAGAGAGAAGACAAUAGGAACCCGGCUGCUUCUUCCUUGUCCAGACCAAAGCCCCCUAGGAGAAAGAGGAAAGAGUCCUCCUCGGCUGAAGAAGACAUCAUUGAUGGAUUUGCAAUGAGCAGCUUUGUGACUUUGGAAGCUCUAGAGAAGGAUGGAAGCUUGAUGCCAGAAGAACGUGAAGCCAAGCAGCAGACUCCUCUCAGUAAGAAGAAGCGGGGCAUUUUGAGCAAUGGACUGUCUUUUAAACCACAAAAGAACAAUAAACCACAAAAGAAUAAUAAAUACAGCCACCACUAUGGCUCGGAUAGGGAAAAUGAUCGCAACCUCUGCCAACAACAGUUCGGAAAGAAAAGGUUUCAGAAGAGACAGAAAAAGUUCUGUGACUCUGACCAAGGUCCUUGA